GUACUGCAUGUGGACAUUUCAUAAAUGGGCUGUAGAAUGUGCUGAGCUCCAAGGCUCUUGUAUAAGUAUCUUAUCCCGUGGCACGACGCAACUCGUGCAGAUAACUAUGCGAGGGAAUCAGCUCUAACAUGAUUCCCACUGUUUUCUGUAGCUGUCAUGCGAUCCCUCUUCAGAACUAGUCAGGCUAGUUCAAGCUAUGCGGUGCAAGCAUGUCGCAAACACGCCUUCGCGUCCACUGCCACAAGUGCGCGUAAGGAUACUGGAUCUAGUAAGGAGCCAUUCUCUAUUCGAAGGAUCAAGGUAGAGCACAAUGCUCCUGUUAAGGCCAAAUUACGCGGACUGGACAACCUAGAAGGCGCCCCUCGCGCAGAAAAAGUCACCCGAAGGACCUACAACAUCUUCCGUACACUCGCCCUGGCCAAAUGUGACCAGCUCAUGAAGGAGUCUGGCACCUGGGACAGAAAGCAACAUGAGUACAAAGCGUUUGGUGUCGAGACCGCCGUCGAUUUCGACCGCGAGAGCAAGUUAUUCCGCGUAGCCAUAGAUAAAGCCUGCGACGCUGCCGCCUACAAGAAUGCCAUAAGUCGGGCCGAAAAUCCUCUUUUCUGGAGUAUUCGACAUGCCUUUGUCCAAGGCGACGUCGGCGGCUUGGUCAAGGAACUCAAAUUUGCCUUCCAGAACUUCUUGAUGCGCUCACACUUCUCCAAGAACAUAUCCGCUACGCAUCGCAAAAUUGCCGAUUUUCGCUUCCCUCAUGAGUGGUUCCCGGCCACGCGGGCCAUGCAACGGACCGUCCACCUCCACGUUGGCCCAACUAACUCGGGCAAGACGUACCGCGCCCUGCAGGCUUUGGAGAAUGCAAAGUCGGGAAUAUACGCCGGUCCUCUUCGAAUGCUGGCACAUGAGGUUUACACGCGCUUUGUGGCGAAGGGAAAGCCAUGUGCCUUGGUCACAGGCGAGGAACAGCGAAUCCCUGAGGAUGAGGACAUGUACUUUCGAAGUUGCACCGUGGAGAUGACACCGCUUAAUUUGCGCGUCGACGUUGCCAUUAUUGAUGAAAUACAGAUGAUCGGAGACAGUGAGCGAGGAUGGGCCUGGACUCAGGCGUUCCUUGGAGUCCAAGCCAAGGAGCUUCAUCUAUGCGGCGAGGAGCGGUCCGUCGAGCUGAUACAGUCACUCUGUGACACAACUGGAGAUAAAUGUACCGUGCAUCGAUAUGAACGCCUUAGUCCUCUCGAACCAAUGGAUAAAGUCUUGGGGGGACUGAAAAACCUAGAGAAGGGUGACGCUAUUGUCUCCUUUUCUCGAGUCGGUAUCCAUCUUCUGAAAAAGCAAGUCGAGAAAGCGUCUAAUCGCCGUUGUGCCAUUGUCUAUGGCUCUCUUCCACCCGAGACGCGUACUCAACAAGCGGCGCUUUUUAACGACCCUGAUAACGACUAUGAUUUUAUCGUUGCCAGCGACGCUAUUGGUAUGGGAUUGAAUCUCGACAUAAAGCGUGUCAUUUUUGAGGCGACGUCGAAACGGGACCAAAGCAGCUUCCGCCCAAUAACGACAUCGGAAAUCAAACAGAUUGGUGGUCGUGCAGGCCGAUUUAGAACAGCGUCUUCGGCCAUCAAAGCAGGCAGCGAAGAGGACUCAGCAGGGACGGGAGAACCUCCAGCACCGCAGCAGAGACAGCCAGGGCUAGUCACUGCUAUGGAUCGAGACGAUCUUGCGGCCGUCCAUCGAGCGUUCCAUAGCGAGCCAGAGCCCAUCAAAACCGCGGGUAUUCAGCCACCGCCGUCCGUCGUUGAGCGCUUUUCGUCUUACUUUCCACCCAACACACCUUUCGGCUUCAUACUCGCGCGCCUACGUGACAUUGUGAGGCUGUCACCUCGUUUCCAUCUUUGCAGUCCCAAGGAGAUGCACGAUCUGGCAGACUUGAUUCAACCUUAUGCGAUGUCUGUGUACGAUCGUUGUGUUUUCCUUAAUGCGCCCGUGUUUCUCAGGGAUAUGAACGGUGCAGUCGUCGUUCAAGCGUUUGCCAAGUGUGUCUCUAACAUGGAUGGCGGCCACCUCUUGGAUAUUCCCGAAAUCGAUCUGGAAUUGCUGGACGUCGAUGGGGAGCGUUACAUGUUUGGACCUGAGGAAUAUCUCCGUCGCCUCGAGGCGCUGCACAAGGGCAUCACCCUUUACCUUUGGCUCAGCUACCGGUACUCGGGCGUUUUCCAAAGCCAACAUCUGGCUUUCCACGUCAAAACGCUGGUGGAGGAAAAGAUUGAUAGCCACCUAGGCAGGCUCUCUGUCAGUGAGGAGGCGCGCCAAGCUAAGCUUGCUGCUAUUCGAUCGAAGGUCAAGAAACGAGAAGACAAGAAGAAGGUGCUGCUUGACGACGUGGGGGCUGACGAUAUUGCUGACGAAGAUUUCGGAGGGCCACCGUAUAACGACCCGAAUGAGGUCGAACAGAUUACGAGACUCGGCUCAGACCGCAAAGAAGCGGGUUCCAUUGUGUGAGGCGAUUUUCAACACUACGCAGUUAUGAGUUUUAUACCAGACGCGGCAAAGAUACACUAAAAUCGAUGUACAACAGGAUGACAUUGUAGAUUAAUGAGACAUGUAUAAACACCGCAAUGUAGACAGGACACUCCGGUCAUGUAGGCAAUAGAUAUAAAGCAUUGCAAUAAAACAGGUGGCGCC